AUGUCGCUUUUUGGUGCGCAACCCCAGCAACAACAGUCUGGAGGAUUGUUCGGUAGUCCAGCGACCAAAAGCCCGAGCCUAUUCGGUAAUACACAGCAGCAACAACCUGCAACAGGCGGCUCGCUAUUCGGCAACGCACAAACCAAACCAGCCACAGGGACAGGUCUCUUCGGCUCGAGUACUACAGCUCAACAACCUGUCGGUGGUGGUGGAUUGUUUGGUGCAUCAACAACAACCCAAACACAGCCGCAGCAGCAAACUUCAAGUUUAUUCGGAGCGUCGCAGAACAAGCCUGCUGGAGGGGGUUUAUUUGGAGGUCAACAGGCCCAGACCGCAGCUCAACCACAGUCGACAGGUCUCUUUGGAGCAACAACCCAACAAAAACCGGCUGGAAGUUUGUUUGGAGCAACUACACAGCAACCGCAGCAGACAGUGACGAGUUUGUUUGGGGCGACGAAUGCUGCGCAGCCGCAGCCGCAGCAGCAGUCGGUAUUUGGUGGUGGAUCCAUGUUCGCGAACCAGCAGCAGCAGCAACAACCACAGCAGCAGCAACAACAGCCGCAAUUGGGACAGUCUUUGGGUCAAUCGCAAUUCGGAUCUUCGUUAUGGUCACCUGGUCGUGCGAUUACUGGAGUGCACCGUACGGUACCUGCACAGAUGGAAAUCAUAAAGGAUAAAUGGGAUCCUACAGUUUUAACAUCGCCUUUCCGCGCAUACACCUACAAUCACCCCGGUGAAGACCAGGCGCCCUUUUUUCAACCCACAUCCGAUGACGACCCAACAAAAUGGGAAGAAGCACUAAAAGCUCGACCGGGUCCCGGCUACGUCCCGGUUAUUGUCAAGGGCUUCAUGGAACUGGGAAAGCGCGCAGCCCGACAAAAGGAUUACCUCAGCGCUAUACAAACGCGCCUACACGAAAUCAACAAUUCCUUGACAGACCUACUCUCACGCCACGACCUGAAGAUUUCGGUGAGAAUAGCUGACUGUCGACGAAAACAUCUUGUGCUCAGUCAACGGUGCCUUUCUCUUGCAGCAAAGACCCAGAUUCUAAGGAAUCGGGGGUAUGCGAUGGAUGAUGCGGAGGAGGAACUCAAGAAGAAAUUGAUACAGUUAGAGCGCGCGAUUUUUGAUCCUUCAAUAACGGGGAGGGCGGAAGAGAUUUGGGCGCGGAUGCUUGCCAUACGGGAACAUUCGAGACGGCUUGCUGCUGAGAUUGAGAAGGCUGGAUCUGUUGGUGGUGGUGUGCAGAACGAUGGGGAUGAUAUGCUUGAUGAGAAUGCCAUCAAGACUGCUAAGAAGAUCCUCGAAGAUUACGCAUCUCAAAUCCAUCACCUCAACAAAGAACUAGCAUCCGUACGCAAAGAAUUAGACGAGGCGCAAGAGCUGGUUGGCACGAAUAGCCCUUGA